AUGACUGGAUACACUAAAUACAUAUUAAUAAACGGUAUCAAAACAAAUGGGUUGAAUGCAAAUUCAUUGAGAAUAUUGUUAAACGCUGAAAACAGGACAGUUUUGUUCAGUUUCAUUCUAAAACGCAAUUCUCGGAUAAUAAUUCAAAAGGAUGCUAAUUCCGAUAUCUCUAGAAUUCUUAAGAGAACAUCUAAUCGAUAUCAUACUGCUGGUGUCCAUUGUGAUUGUCGCCAUAAUAACAGUUAUACUUGA